UUACGCCAUCCAGAGCUUGAUCGAGCGGUAUCGAUCCAUGGCCUCCACAAUUCCGCCGUGGUCUGAAAUCCCACAGGACAUCCUGGGCCUCGUCAUCGACCGCCUCUACUCCUCCCCUGGCCACACACGCUUCUCCGCGGCGUGGUCUAAAAUCUUGCUCGCCGUCCCUGUCGCCGCCGCCAACCGCCGUGGCUUCCAGCACCUGUGCCGCCGUACCCGGCACUCGGCCGCUGCCGACCGUGCCCGCUUCCGCGCCGUGUGCCGCUCAUGGCAUCUGGCUAUGCGCCAACAUGUUUCGACGACACCUGAGGCGUUGCCAUGGAUUGUCAUGUCAGACGGCUCGUUCUUCACACAUUCCGACGGCGGCUGCAGCGCGCCACGCCGUCUCCCUUCCCUGCCGGAGAACGCAAGAUGCAUUGGGUCCACUGAUGAGUGGCUUGCCCUUGACUGCACUGAUGCAGAAAACAUGCACACCUACUUCUUGCACAAUCCUUUCUCCAACACGACGGUGCCGCUCCCCGAGUUGAGCCCUAUCAUCGGUGAUGUCUCUGAGUUUUUCGAGGUCCACAAAGUGCUAUUGCGGUCAAGCCCUCAUGACAUCGUUGCUCUCAUGACCAACAACUCUAAUCAUCCCAUCAUAUUAAUCCGACCAGGAAAGGGUGUAUGGCUGCCUAAGCCGGAUACAACACCCUUCAACCUCAUCAUCGAUAUUGUUUUUCUUGAAGCGGCAUCACUCAGGCUGAGGACCUUGCCUCUGUCAGUAUUGAUUUUGAUGACCAUGGCAUACCGACCGUUACCACUACAGAGCGCCUCAUCAAACACCCACCCUUGGAAAAUUGUGAUUUUGAUGUAUGGAGCGAUGUUGAUGAAAAGUUGGAGGCCAACGAUGGUAUGGGUGAUAAGCACGAGGUUGAGAACGGUGGCGACGACCAUGAUGAGGAACUGAAUGAAGUGGAUGCUCGCGCACAUGCCUUAUAUGAAUUCAAAAAGAGAACCGGUGAUGGCAUGAUUCUCGAAGGCACGACCUAUUUGGAAGAUAGCGAGGUGCCAUAUGAGCCCAAUGAUCUCAUCUCGGUCAAUUGGUACUUGAUCGAGUCUCGUGGAAAGUUGCUCAUGGUGAGACGACAAGUGCAAUGGCCUCUAUAUAGUAUAGGCUUCACUCGCAAGGUGGAGGUUUUCAAAGCGAAUAUCAGCGCAGGUGCAUGGGUGCCAGUUUCAGGUGAAAUGUUCAACACCAGAUCACAAAGCAUGAGCCCACCUCAAAGGGACAUCGAUCGCCGGCGGUCAAUGUGGAUCUUUUCCUCGGAGAUUGUGGUUUAAUAAUUUUUGUAAUAAUGUAGGGUUAAUUUAGAUAAAUGGUCCACAUGUACAUUUUCAUAAGUUAGUUGUUUCUGAAAGUGCGUUAUAUCGACUAGAGGGGGGGUGAAU